AUGUAUCCAUACCGAACGAAUGCAAUCUGGAUUAGACCAGGACCCAAGGUCUAUGUGCGACGAAAAAAUGUGUUCAGUCACGAUGUGUUGCCUGAGGAGGAUGAGCUGAAUUACGAUCUGCUUCAGAUUGACGGACGCUAG